CUCUUCCCCCUCGCUGUCUUCCUCGGCCUGCGCUGCCGCCGACGCCGCUGUGGGCCUGGCUGCGCUCCGUCGCCUUCUCCUCUGAGCGCUUCUCAGCCGGCCGCCAUGGCGAACGUGGCCGACACUAAGCUGUACGACAUUCUGGGCGUCCCACCUGGUGCCAGCGAGAACGAGCUGAAGAAGGCAUACAGAAAGUUAGCCAAGGAAUAUCAUCCUGAUAAGAAUCCAAAUGCUGGUGACAAAUUCAAAGAAAUAAGUUUUGCAUAUGAAGUACUGUCAAAUCCUGAGAAACGUGAAUUAUAUGACAGAUAUGGAGAACAAGGUCUUCGGGAAGGUAGCGGUGGAGGUGGUGGCAUGGAUGAUAUUUUCUCUCACAUUUUUGGUGGGGGAUUGUUCGGCUUUAUGGGCAAUCAGAGUAGAAGUCGAAAUGGCAGAAGAAGAGGAGAAGACAUGAUGCAUCCACUUAAAGUAUCUUUAGAAGAUCUGUAUAAUGGCAAGACAACCAAACUACAACUUAGCAAGAAUGUACUCUGUAGUGCAUGCAGUGGCCAAGGUGGAAAGUCUGGAGCUGUUCAGAAGUGUAGUGCUUGUCGGGGUCGAGGUGUACGCAUUAUGAUAAGACAGCUGGCUCCGGGAAUGGUACAACAGAUGCAGUCUGUGUGUUCUGACUGUAAUGGAGAAGGAGAGGUAAUUAAUGAGAAGGACCGCUGUAAAAAAUGUGAAGGCAAGAAGGUGAUUAAAGAAGUGAAGAUUCUUGAAGUCCACGUAGACAAAGGCAUGAAACAUGGACAGAGAAUUACAUUCACUGGGGAAGCAGAUCAGGCCCCAGGAGUGGAACCAGGAGACAUUGUUCUUUUGCUCCAAGAGAAGGAACAUGAGGUGUUCCAGAGAGACGGGAAUGAUUUGCACAUGACAUACAAGAUAGGACUUGUUGAAGCUUUGUGUGGAUUUCAGUUCACAUUUAAACACCUUGAUGGACGUCAGAUUGUGGUGAAAUACCCCCCUGGAAAAGUAAUUGAACCAGGAUGUGUCCGUGUAGUUCGAGGUGAAGGAAUGCCACAGUAUCGUAAUCCCUUUGAAAAAGGUGAUCUAUACAUAAAGUUUGAUGUGCAGUUUCCUGAAAACAACUGGAUCAACCCAGACAAGCUUUCUGAACUAGAAGACCUUCUGCCAUCUAGACCAGAAGUUCCAAACAUCAUUGGAGAUACAGAGGAGGUAGAGCUUCAAGAAUUUGAUAGCACUCGGGGCUCAGGAGGUGGUCAGAGGCGUGAAGCCUAUAAUGAUAGCUCUGAUGAAGAAAGUAGCAGCCAUCAUGGACCAGGAGUGCAAUGUGCCCAUCAGUAAACUCUGCAAACAAAUUGCACAGGUGGAUUUUCUUUCCACAUUUGCUCGGUUUGCUUUCAGCGAUCCAGCUGGAGUGUCUGGUCAAUCCAGAUGAACUGAUGGACAUCUGUUGGUCUAUGUGUAACUUUUAAAAUUGGUAUAGUAUCUACAGAGUGUAUAAUUUAAACUAACCACAAAGCUUUACAUCUUCAUUUUGACUGUUCUGUAGCAGAAUAAAGCACUUGAAAGGAAACAAGACUCCCUUUCACACAUGGGUUAUAAGUUUCAGUCCUGGUAUCUGUGCUUGAUUUUUAUCAGUUUUGUGUAGAUUUUAUGUUCAUAUUUUAAAUCCAAAUCCCACAUUGUAAAGUUUGUGUACAAUUUGUCCUGAAGCUUUGUGUUUGGCUGCACCUGCGUAAGCUGCUACAAAUAGAAUAAAGAAUUUCAUAGCCUGUAUCUAUCAUUUAGAUGCAUGGAAAAAUGGGCUUUGCACACAAUGGGUUUGGAGCUGACUGGGAACAAUGGAGAAAAUAACAUUAGCUGUGGUUGUAAAAUUUUUUUUUGUUUGUUUGUUUUGUUUUUCUUUCCCCCCCCUUUUUUUUUAACCAUCUUGUGAAAGGUUUCUGAGACUCAAUAAUAAAAAGCAGUUGGUAUAAAUUAUUCUUUGUGUCACAUUUCUAGAAGGAAGAACAUACUUUGAACUGUAAAAUGUAUCUUUAAACUGGAGAAUGUAUCCUUCAUUCUGGUUCUUAAGCAGCCCUUAAAAGCCCAUUGGCCUGAAGCUUAUGCUUCAGGUACAUGCCCAUUUUAUAGUUUUAAAAGGCAAAAAGAAAGUUUGACAUGUUGGUAAAAACAGGCUUUAUUGGCUUCAACUGAUGCUUUGUACAGUCAAGGACAUCUGAGUUCUGUAACAAGUUAUAAUCCUGAGCAUUGGGGCCAGGUUAACCUAGCCUCUGUAUUUCCCCACCACCUCCCCCUUUUAAAAAUAAGGUAACAGCAAAUCAAUAUUAGAACCAUGUCUGCAUAGAACCUGUUAAAAUGCUCUGUUUUCAUUAAAUGUUAAGUUAAAGAUUCUCUGUCUCCAUUAAGUUGAAUAUUUGAAAUUGGGGGAAGCAUCGAUUACUAAUGUUUUAUAGAAAAGUAAGACUCUUAGGCUGGUAUGAGAAAAAUCAGGUAAAACUACUAUGAAAAGGAUGUUGUGUUGCUCUUUCCAUCUUCUACCUUUUCAUUCCCAGAGUAGAUAUUUUUAGAACACACUUUAAUUUUAGGGAAAAGAGACAUCAGUUAUACAUUUUACAUUUGUAAAAGAACAAAUGGGGAAAACUGAAAACUAAAAAAUGUAUUAUGCCAUCCCUGAGCCUAAAUACAGUACUUGUAGUUUAUUUCUAGGCCUACUAGAUAACCUGAAUGGUGGGUGGGUGGGGGUGGGGGUGGAAUGUUAGGAAGUGUCCUGGCAUUAAUCAAGGCCUGUGAGGAUUAAAUUAUUGCCCUAUCCACUCUACCUCCAUUGUACAAAAAAUAUUUUACAACCAGCCUGGGCAAGAUUCAACAGCAUAGUAGUUUUGUAUCCAAGGUUACUUCCCCACAACCACUUUAAGGUUAAGAAAUGCAGUGGCAAUAUGAAGUUUGUAGCCUUUCCAAUAAAGGUUUAUAAAACA